UACUCUUUGCAAGAAUCUAAUUUUCACAAGARCGCCCAUGUUAUCCCGAGAUGAUUCCUGUGCGUUGGUGUUCGCAUUGACUAGUUUCGCAUGGGCGCUGCGAUUGAGGAAAUGGAAAACGAAAACAGCGACAGCAAACAGAAUAAUGAUGCGAUGCAGUACGUCUGGUCAGAGCGAUUUGAGAAUGACACACACGGUCGGAGCCGCUUCUCAAGCGCAUCGCAAUGGACCUGUACAAGCCGAAACUGUCAUCAAUGGAAACAACACCUGUAACAAGCAGAGGGUACAGGAGCAGCGACAGAAGCACUUCAUGAAAUCCGUCAGUGUUUCUUACAACAAUUCCGGUGGCCUCAUGAUAAUGAAGGGCAAAGGCUCGAUAUUGAUUGACGAGACGGGACGAUCCUAUCUCGACACACGGAACAAUGUAUGUCACGUAGGCCAUUGCCAUCCUAGAGUUGUGGAGGCGGUGUCUCGACAAUUAGCAACACUUAAUACGAAUACGCGAUACCUUCACCCAAACGUAUGCGAAUUGGCCGAAAGGUUAUGCGCUAAGUGCCCAGACUCCCUAGAGAUCGUUGUCUUUGUAAACAGUGGAUCGGUAAGAUGAUGACGACGAUGAUGAUGAUUCAUGAUGAUCACGGCGAACAAUAGUUUGUGCCAAGCCCAUCAUCUUCGAUUGCAAGCGACUUAAAAAAUAUCGUGCACUUUUUGUGUCAAUGACAUCAUUUCUCGCUCUUCAAUACGCUACACAACCGUGCUUUUGAUUCGACAAAAAGGAAGCAAAUGACCUAGCACUCCGGUUAGCUCGAGCUUACACGCGCUCGAAAAACACAAUUGUUGUUGAUGGGGCAUAUCAUGGUCACACACUGGGGKUAUUAGAAGUGUCUCCCUACAAAUACGAGCACUCGAAAGAAUUUGACUUGACAGCACAAGGAAAUGGUAUCGGCCCUUACAAGACGCCGGGUAAUCACAUCUGGAAAGUUCCCUGCCCUGAUGUAUACCGAGGUCCACAUUCAGACAGAAAUGCAGGGGAAAAGUAUGCUUCUUAUGUGAAGGCAGCUUGUGAUUAUUACAAAUCAAAGGGUGAAACGGUAGGAGCCUUCAUGAUGGAGAGUGGAAUGAGCGUAGGGUGAGUUGAUUGUCUAGUCUGUUAUUUACUCUUUAUGCAGGCGAUUUAAAAAGAAAUCAAAUGAUUCGGAAUCCUAAGUUCAUCUGUUUUUCUUUGAAGUGGCGUAAUUUUGCCUCCCGAUGAAUUCGUUCGGCAAAGUGUAGAUGCGGUCCGAAAGUCCGGAGGCGUUUUCAUUGCUGAUGAGGUGCAGACUGGUUUUGGAAGACUGGGAAGCUCCUUUUGGGCCUUUCAGCAUGGAGAUCAUGGCAUCAUUCCCGACAUCAUGACCGUUGGCAAACCCUUUGGGAACGGGAUGAGUCUUGGGGCCGUGGUCACAACUCGCGCCAUUGCGGAUCAUUUUCAUUCGAUGGGUGUGGAAUAUUUCAAUACCUUUGGUGGUUCUCCUGUCGCUGCCGCCGCGGGUUUGGCGGUCCUAGACAUCCUGGAAGACGAGGAAUUACAAGAACAUGCCUUUGCAAUGGGGCAGUAUUUGAAAGACCGCUUUUUGGCAAUGCAAAAGGAGAGAUGGGAAAAUGAUAGUGCGGCGCCACUUAACGUUUGCAUYGGAGACAUAAGGGGAAGCGGGCUCUUUCUUGGCAUCGAACUUGUGCGCAAUCGACAGAYGAAAGAACCAGCUGCGAUAGAAACAUCUUACAUUUGCACGCUCUUGAAACAAGAACACAAUAUCCUCACCAGCAUCGACGGGCUACACGAGAACGUCMUAGUGAUCAAACCGCCAUUGGCUUUUUCAAGAGAAGACGCCGAUUACUUUGUUGAAUCGUUUUCGAGUGCAUCAGAGCAAGUCAAUUBUAUGACAAAAACGGAGCUUGCAGCCAUAUCAAAGACACCAACCUAGGAAUAGGUGCUGAUACAACAAAUUAAGGCAUACACUUUACAUUGCACGGAUUCAGACGAUUAUUCGAGUUCUGCUGAAGCCUAUCAUCCUUGGCUGSAGAAUAUCACUUCGAGUUUAGGUCUUUCACGUCGAAAACUUCAAAUCUAAACCCYUGAUUCAUAUUUGUCCUGAUAAAUGCGAGCAUCAAUAAAUUAUAUUGAGGCACUGAUACACGAUGUAGUUCACUGGCGUACGUCAAAGUUCUGUCCAAAAUAACGAGAAGAAAAUUCAUUCUCUCCUUCCAUUGUCCUCAUCCGGUGCUAUGCUUCAUGUAAUCAAUAACAUAGGCCGUUCUUUUUUGGGUCACUAAUGGUAGGGGUUGGGGUAUAUCACACUACUUUAAAUUGCUACACGUAAAUAUUUGUUUCGUCCUACUUCUCGUUGUUGUUGUUGUAUCCAGGCAAAAGCGACAAAUCUUCUCUGUCGAUCGCCGUCGCCGGACGAACCAACCUUCCGACAGAAAGCAACUGUUCCCAAACUUGAUCAGGGGGGCAGUCACAAUCAAGAUUGACAACUGGUACCCGAUUCUCCCGCAACCAAUCGAUUGUUACGUGAAGAUAUUUAUGGUAUGUUCGCAACCGUUUCAAGGCGGUAUGGAUGUUGUCGUCGUCUCGCGUUUCGCCCUCUUUCGAUUCUUCCUUCCGUUUGAGGAUUCGCUCGAUCAGGACUGUGUCUAUUGUGCAACAAUCAGAAUACAAGAAUAAUUMAUGAGAAAGAAGAUUGGGUCUCAUAGAUAAUAAUACGUCAACAACGAGGUCAAAUACGAAGAAAAAUAAACCGCACAAAGCAAAGUGCCGAGACAAAAAUAGCUUGCACUCUCAGUAUUUCACGCUGCAUCUUUCUAUUCCUUACCAUCGCAUACAAGAUUCAGGGCAAGCUCAGGUUGCCCACACAGUUCCACGAGAUCCACUGCGUUUUGUUGAGAUCUCGGAAAGCCGUCAAGCAGGAUACGUUUCCCGGCGUUUUCGGGUUUUCGCAUUUUCUUCCGCAUCAGCUUUACAAUGACGGCUGAACUAACAAGAUCUCCUCGAACCAUGAUCUCUUUCACCUCCCUUCCUAGUUCCGUGUCGCUCUCCACCUCCUCGCGUAGGAGAUCUCCACUUGAGAUGUGCACAACACCACAUUCCUCUAUGAGUCUCUUGCUCAGCAUGCCCUUUCCACUCCCGGGACCACCAACCASUAACACCAUACCGGCCGGGGCUCCCCCAAGGAUUGUAUCGGCUGAUGUCAAGAAUUCUUCUAAAUCUAUUACACCAUUUCCAUCUAGAUCAGCAUCUUGAUAUAUCUGCUCGAGGGUUUCGUCAUCGGGUGUCUCUCCCACGGCAUUCAAUGCUUUUCUGAGUCCUUCCCUGUCCAACGAUCUAGGAUGACCAGGUAUUGCGAACUUUUUAAACAAAUCCACCAGAGCAAGCCUAUCGCUCUCAAGUACAAAGGCCUUAGAACCGGGAGUUUGUGCAUCAGACGCUGGUGAGUCGUURUCGCAAAUCUUUUCCGAGUAAUAAGUAGGACCGCUACUGUGGAAAUUUCGAACGGAAAUCAUUGACGACUUCGCGACGUCUGCUUUAACAGCAUCGAGAUUGCGACAAAAUCGUUGCUGAUAGCAAUAAGCCGUAGUCAUCGAU